GGAUGCCGGAUCCGUGAUAUCAUAACAGGAGGAGCCCGGCUCAUUUCUCGCUUUGGGGGGGGAGGUUUUCAUACAAACCAGGAAAUGCUAAAACACACGAGAGCCUCCACCCGUUAAAAGAAAGCAGUCGGGAGGAGACCAAGGGGAGCGCAAACGGUCAUGACCAAGAAAAAAACACACCCACGGCACAAGCCCGUGUAACACGCUGCGAGAAGCCUUUCAUUAGUGCCGAGUGUCUGAGGCAGCGAGACUGGCCGCUGGCGGGGAGGGGGAGCGGAGGAUUUAAAAGAUAUUGCCCCAGGAGCUAUGAGCAGCAUGGAGGCAUUUUGCGGAUCUGGGAGGCUGGGCUCCAAAUUCUGGGACGCCAACCUGACUCUGUACACAAAUAACCCCGACCUGACGCCCUGCUUCCAGAACACCGUGGUGGCCUGGAUCCCUUGUGUCUACCUCUGGACGGUGCUGCCCUUUUAUAUCAUUUAUUUAAAAUAUAACCGGAGGGGAUACAUCGUGCUGUCUAUGCUAAACAAGGUCAAAACGCUGCUCGGGUUCGUACUGUGGAUCACAUGCUGGUCGGACAUGUUUUUCUCCUUCCAUGAGCUUGCCCAGAAUGAUAGUCCGCCUCCGGUAUACUUUGUAACACCGCUGAUACUUGGUAUCACUAUGAUUUUAGCAACCCUCCUAAUUCAGUACGAAAGGCUAAGAGGAGUCCAGUCGUCGGGGGUCCUCAUCAUCUUCUGGUUCCUGUCCACGCUGUGCGCCAUAAUCCCCUUCCGCUCCAGGAUAAUGGUUACCGUAAGAGAGGGCUACAUCAAGGAUAAGUUCAGGUUCACCACGUUCUAUAUUUACUUCUCACUGGUCGUCGUGGAAUUCCUUCUCUCGUGUUUUAAAGACGCUCGGCCGUUCUUCUCCCCGGUCAGCGCUGAGUCGAAUCCGUGCCCGGAAAUGGAAGCUGGUUUUCUAUCGAGAUUGACGUUUUGGUGGUUUACCAAGAUGGCGUCACUGGGCUACAAACGACCUCUUGAAGAUAAAGAUCUUUGGGCGCUUAAAGAACAAGACACGUCCAAAGUAGUUGUGUCCAAACUCAUUAAAGAAUGGGAGAAAGAGAAGAACAGGAUCAGGAACAUGCCUGUGAAAUACAGCAAGAAUCAGGAAGCCACCGUUAACCACGCGGACGAAAAAGCGAAUGAAUCAGAUGUCCUGAUUGUCAACAACACGAAGCAGAAAGAGCCGUCCUUCAUAAAAGUGCUGCUUAUAGCAUUCGGGCCGUUCUUUCUAAUCGGUUCUCUGUUCAAACUUUUCCAGGAUCUGCUUUCUUUUGUGAACCCACAAUUAUUGAGCGUCCUCAUCACGUUCAUAAAGGACAAAAACGCGCCGGUGUGGUGGGGAUUCUGUAUCGCUGCUCUGAUGUUCCUCUCGUCUCUGACCCAAACGCUAAUUCUCCACCAGCAUUUCCAGUACUGCUUUGUGACGGGCAUGAGGCUGAGAAGCGCUAUAACCGGCAUCAUCUACAGAAAGUCCUUGGUCAUCACGAACGCAGCAAAAAGAUCCUCUACCGUUGGGGAAAUAGUGAACCUGAUGUCUGUGGACGCCCAGCGCUUCCAGGAUCUGACCACCUUCCUAAAUAUGUUGUGGUCGGCGCCGCUGCAGAUAUGCCUGGCUCUGUACUUCCUAUGGCAGGCUCUGGGUCCCUCCGUUCUUGCUGGGGUCGCGGUAAUGGUCCUGCUCAUUCCCAUCAAUGCCUUUAUAGCCAUGAAGACGCGGGCAUUUCAAGUCGAGCAAAUGCAAUAUAAGGACUCCAGAAUCAAACUGAUGAACGAGAUCCUAAAUGGCAUUAAGGUGCUGAAGCUGUAUGCCUGGGAACCUUCGUUUGAGCAAAAAGUUCUGGAAAUUAGAAGCAAAGAACUGAACGUUUUAAAGAAGUCGGCGUAUCUCAACGCGUUGUCCACCUUCGCAUGGACCAGCGCACCGUUCUUGGUGGCGUUGACGACGUUUGCUGUUUACGUGACAGUUGAUGAAAACAAUAUCCUUGAUGCCGAGAAAGCCUUCGUGUCGCUGUCUCUGUUUAAUAUUCUAAGGUUCCCGUUGAACAUGCUACCCCAAGUCAUCAGCAAUCUCGCGCAGGCAAGCGUGUCUGUAAAAAGAAUCCAGAACUUUCUCGCUAACGAUGAACUGGACCGGAAUUCAGUCAAUAAAGAAAAAACAAUACCUGGAAACGCUAUCACGAUACGGAACGGCACGUUUAGCUGGGCCAAAAAUAACGAAGCCAUCCUGCACGAUAUCAAUUUGAUCGUCCCGACUGGAUCUCUGGUUGCCAUCGUUGGCCACGUCGGAUGCGGGAAGUCCUCUCUGGUGUCGGCUCUACUUGGAGAGAUGGAAAAAAUGGAAGGAGAUGUCUCCGUGCGGGGUUCCGUAGCCUACGUGUCCCAGCAAGCUUGGAUACAGAAUUCUACGUUAAAGGACAAUAUUCUGUUUGGCCGACCAGCAAAUGAGAAGAACUAUAAGAAGGUUUUGGAAGCGUGCGCGCUGGUGACCGAUUUGGAGGUCCUUCCUGGAGGAGACCAAACUGAGAUUGGUGAAAAGGGAAUCAACCUGUCUGGAGGGCAGAAGCAGCGAGUGAGCCUCGCCCGAGCUGUCUUCAGCAACUCCGACGUCUACCUCCUUGACGACCCGCUCUCGGCUGUGGACGCUCAUGUGGCCAAACACAUUUUUGACAACGUGAUUGGACCUGACGGUUUGCUUAGAGGAAAAACCAGGGUCCUGGUGACGCACGGUAUCAGCUUCCUGCCACAAGUCGAUCACAUCGUGGUCAUCGUGGACGGCAAGGUCUCCGAAACGGGUUCCUAUCAGGAGCUGAUGAAGCAGAACGGCGCUUUCGCUGAAUUUCUUCGGAAUUACGCUUUCGAGGAUAACGUGGAGGAAGAUGACAUCACAAUAGAUGAAGAGGAGGUGUUAUUGGCAGAAGAAACUCUCAGCAACCACACAGACCUGGUAGAUAACGAACCGGUUGCUAACGAAGCCCGCAAGAAGUUCCUCAGGCAAAUCAGCGUCUUGUCUUCGGAAGGCGAGUCUUUCCACACAACAUCAAUGAGGAGGAGAAUUUGCGAGAGAAAGAUGUCGGAGACCAUGUCUGCCAAAAAACCUCCCGUGGAAAAACUAAUCCAGGCGGAAACAACAGAAACGGGGACGGUAAAAAUGACGGUAUUUUGGCAAUACAUCAAAGCAGUGGGCCUAGUGGUUUCGUUUUUCAUAUGUUUCCUAUACGCCUGCCAAAACGCGGCAGCCAUCGGGGCCAAUGUGUGGCUUAGUGCUUGGACCAACGAGCCGGUUAUCAAUGGAACCCAACAGAACACGCAGAUGCGCGUUGGAGUGUACGCGGCGUUGGGAUUACUUCAGGGUCUUCUGGUGAUGACAUCAUCCUUCACGCUCGCGAUCGCCGGUAUCGGAGCUGCCCGAAAGCUGCACGCAGGCCUGCUGGUCAACAAACUCCACACGCCGCAGUCUUUCUAUGACACAACGCCGAUCGGUCGCAUUAUCAACCGGUUUUCCAAAGAUAUUUACGUGAUCGACGAGGUGAUCCCGCCAACCUUCUUAAUGUUCCUGGCCACCUUUUUUACAUCACUGUCGACGACUAUUGUGAUCGUGUCCAGUACUCCGCUCUUUGCCGUGGUCAUUAUUCCACUCGCCUUCAUCUAUUUCUUUGUGCAGAGAUUUUACGUCGCCACCUCACGGCAACUGAAACGCCUGGAGUCGGUCAGCCGAUCGCCGAUUUAUUCCCAUUUUUCCGAAACGGUUACGGGCGCGAGUGUUAUCCGAGCGUACGGCAGGCAAAGCAGCUUCAUCUCAUUGAGUGACGGCAAAGUGGAUGAAAAUCAGAAAAGCUAUUACCCUGGGAUUGUAUCAAACAGGUGGCUGGGAAUCCGCGUGGAGUUUGUUGGAAACUGUGUGGUUCUCUUUGCCGCUCUGUUUGCUGUCAUCGGCCGGGAAUCGCUUAGCCCAGGGGUGGUGGGACUCUCUGUGUCCUAUGCAUUGCAGGUGACAAUGUCCUUAAACUGGAUGGUGCGGAUGACGUCUGACCUUGAGACCAACAUCGUGGCCGUUGAAAGAGUUAAAGAAUAUUCAGAAACUGAAACAGAGGCACCCUGGAUUAUUGAAGAUAAGCGACCUCCGAAGGACUGGCCAAGCCAAGGAGAACUGGAACUGAUAAAUUACUCCGUCCGCUACCGCGCAGGCCUGGCCCUCGUGCUGAAGAACCUGGACCUCAGAGUCAAAGGCGGAGAAAAGGUUGGGAUUGUCGGAAGGACUGGAGCCGGAAAAUCAUCGAUGACUCUUUGCCUUUUUAGGAUUUUGGAAGCCGCCGAAGGAAUUAUCAAGAUAGACGGGGUGAAUAUUUCGGAAAUCGGUCUGCAGGACUUGAGAUCCAUGCUGACCAUAAUUCCUCAGGACCCAGUGCUCUUUUCUGGAACCUUAAGGAUGAAUCUCGAUCCCUUCGAUAAAUAUUCGGAAGAUGAAAUCUGGAAAGCCCUCGAGCUCUCAAAUUUAAAGAAAUUUGUCACCAGCCAACCCAACAAGCUGGAACACGAGUGCGCAGAAGGAGGAGAGAAUCUGAGUGUUGGCCAACGGCAGCUUGUGUGUUUGGCGAGAGCGUUGCUACGCAAAACACGGAUACUUAUACUAGAUGAGGCCACGGCAGCGAUCGACCUGGAGACCGACGACCUCAUACAGAUGACGAUAAGAACCCAGUUUGAGGAUUGCACGGUGCUGACCAUCGCGCACAGACUCAACACAAUCAUGGACUACACCAGAGUCCUUGUCCUUGACAAAGGGAAAAUCGCGGAAUUCGACACUCCGGCCAACCUCAUCGCCUCAAAAGGAAUCUUUUAUGGAAUGGCAAAAGAUGCCGGAUUAGCGUAAAUCUAAAAAAUUUUUUUAUUAUUGUUGUUUUUUUUUUAUGCAGUACAAAAUAAUGUAAAUAAUUUUGACAAAACGCGUUUAUUUUUUACUCUCCUCGCCUGUAAUCUUUUAUUUGACGUCUUUUCGUUGCGUUAAAAGGAGAAGCGGUCGUUGCUGUUAAACUUGUUGGUAAUGAAUGAGUUGGCAGCUCGAGGUCCAAUAAAUUAUAUUCCCCUUUGUUAA